GUUUAUUUGAUCCUUGAUGUACAAGUGGAAACCCCUUACAUGUAUAAGGUCAGCCAUCUUGGGGAAAGUGUCGGAUUUUCAUUGACUCGAAACAGUACACAAAUAAUCUCUGGGGUACUCUGUAUCUCAACACACAACAGUUUAGCAAAAGAUUUCCAAAUGAACGCCAAGAUUCAAAAGGGAAAGAAAGUGAAACAAGCUGCUCGUUGAUUUUAGUAUCCAACUUGGGACACCGGCAGCAUCCCUUGUCAACAGUGACUGAUCGGUGUAAUAUGGCGGAAAGUGUGACUGUCGGAAAGCGUCCCAGGGAGGAAGACUCUGAGCCAUUAAGUAAUGGAGAUACAGAAAUAGAAAUGCCUUUGAAAAAGGCUAAGAUGGAUGAAGUACAAAAUCUUGUCAAGAAGGACAAUCAAGUGAAUGGGGAUUCAAAAUCAGAAUGUGAGGAAAGCAGCAAAGAUGCUGAUUAUGAAAACUCCAACUCUAAUUCUGAUCCAGAAGAAAAUGGUAAAACAUUUGAGUUAGAUAAUAACAUAGACAAAAUGGAAAAUGGAGACUCUAUGUCAACAUCAGAGAAAUUGGACAAAUGUGACUCUAAUGGGGAUACUAAGUCAGAAAAAGAAACUGAAAUUAAUUCUAUUAAUAAUAAGACAAAUGAAACAGAUGGUGCUGCACCUGGCAAUAAUAAAACUGAAGCCAGCAAUGAGGAGGAGAAUAAAUCCAAGUCAAAUUAUGACAAUAUCGACCAAAACAAUGAAAUUCCAGCAAAGGGGAGUAACGAUUUAGGACUACCUCAGGAUUUUAGUAUGAAAUCAAAAACUGUAAAGGCAGUCUCUGUUAGUGUGAAUGGUGAUAGUGAUAAAGAGAAUGUGGAUGCCGAUGGACCAAUGGAUCUCAGUGCACCUAUGGAUUUAAGUGUAGGCUCAAAGCCCAAAAAGGCUGCCUCAGACCCUGAUAUCAUUAUGCUCUCAGAUGAUUCAAGCGAUGAGGUCUCUCUAGCUGUUGCAAAAAGGCUUGAGGAUAUGACCGAAUCUGAAAUUGAAGAAAGGAAAAAACUAAUUCGCAAACGUCAGAAUGAGUUACGCAAUGAAGAAGCAAAACUAGUGCUGCUGAAGAAGAUACGACAAAGCCAGUCCGUGCCAGCGUCAUCAGAAUCUCAGCAAUCUGCCCCAGCUAAAAUGAUCCCACGUGGCCCCGCUCCGCCCCCUCUUACACGUGGGGGUGUACCAAUGGAUCGUGAUCGAGACCGUGAUCGCAAGCCUAAUGUGCCACCUCAGUUACACCGAGCACACCAGCAACCUGCCCAAGCAAGAUCAACUACACAGCCUCCUCCCUUAGUAAUGGCACCCCAGAGGCAGCAGAACAUGCACUCCUCUGGAUCCACAGCCACUAACUACCUACAGCAGAGUCAUAGGCCUGUGCAACAACCAACACCCCCUGUUGACACACAAACUCCUGCCCAGCGCCAGGCAGCCGCCAAAUUAGCUCUACGCAAGCAACUAGAGAAAACAUUGCUUCAGAUCCCUCCUCCCAAACCUCCACCCCCAGAGAUGAAUUUUGUGCCAAGCUUGGCAAGCAACGAAUUCAUUUAUCUCAUUGGGCUGGAAGAGGCUGUGAAGUUCAUCACAGAUACAGAUGCCAAGGCUAAAGGUCAGAUGGCAGAUGUUAAAUAUAUUUUCAAUCCUUUCACAUGUGUGCAAUGUGGCAGUGAUUUCACUCCAGUUUGGAAACGGGAUAAACCUGGUUCUAAGAAUGUCAUAUGUGAGCAGUGUGUCACGACCAAUCAGAAAAAGGCCCUAAAACAAGAGCAUACAAAUCGUCUUAAGUCUGCAUUUGUGAAAGCACUUCAACAAGAGCAGGAGAUCGAGCAAAGGAUGCAGCAGCAACAGAAAUCUGCGGCUGCAGCUGCAUCUUCAACAGUACAGCAUCACGCAACAUCAGCACCAAGCACAACUUCAGCCACUUUUACAUCAACAGCACAUCAGAACUUGGUACCCGCGCAUGCACAUAGCUCCCGACCGUCAUCUUCCCAGGGGUCUCAUAUAAAUAUCCCAGCUUAUAAUCCACGUCUUACUUUUCCUUACCAAGUAGGCUAUAAGCCACAGGAUAAUGCACAUAGGCAAUAUCUCCUUGAUAUGAUCCCACGAUCCAAUACAGUCUUGUGGAAGAGUUGAUGGGAACAGGCUUCAAGACAUUUGUAGACUAUUUAGAAAUAUUGAGUACUUAGUGUUCCACAAUGUUUCAGUGAGGCUAGAGUAAUUAAUAAAAUGUUUAGACUUCCUUUAGAUUUCCUUUUUUAAACUUGAACAUUUGAGAAAUGAUAUGCCAAGUGUGGCAUUUGGUGGAAAAUAAACCAUAUACUUUUAUCAUAUUUCAUCUAUUUUGACAUAAGCAAGUUAUGUUAUUCAUAAUUAGUAAAACUAAGUUAAGAUAAAAAGAAGACUGAAAUUUGAAAAAAAGAAAACAUCAUCAUUAUCCGAAAAUAAAGGAAUUGCUAAACAUAGAAUUGAAUUACUCUAGCCAUGCAAUAAAUGCAUUGUAAACUGAAACAAUAGAUCCAUUGUAUAUUGUACAAAAAUGCGUAGUAAUUUAUUUAUAAUUCAUAUCAAGGUCCAAAGAACCCCUCAUUUAUUUAGUAUUGUACAUCCCCAUGUGUAAAAACUUUUUUAUGGUCUUGUCUUGUUUAUUAUUCGCCAAUUCUUGAUUUUAUGUUUUUCUUUUUAAGUUAUACCUCCAUGCCUGUCACUAUGCCAUAUGUGAAUAAUUUCAUGCAUUUUUCUCCAUGGAUGAUUUGAGAAUGUAAUCUUAAAUCAGUUCACACGUGACCAUGUCGUAGGUAAAUGUUUCAACUUUCAGCCUUAACUCUACAAAAUCUUGGAUUUUGAUUCGAAAGGUUUUGUAAGCCUUACAUCAAAAGUAAAACAUCUUGGAUAUUAAAAUCUACAUUCCUCAUUGGUAUAAAAUAACUUCGAAGUACAUAUGUUGAAAAUUCCUGUAUUUUUAGGAUUUGUUCACCACACUUACACUCAAGUAAUGUUUUCAUGUUUUCUUUAUUUCAUGAUAAUCAAUCAUACAAUACAGAAGUACAGGGCCUACGCCUAGGCAUUAUUUGCCCUGUUAAAAUUAACUAUAACAAUACAAAUAUAAAACAUGUUUGAAUAAGAAAAUAAUCAGGAAAACUUGAAGACAGUAAUGUAAGCAUCAAAUUAAAAAAAAAGUAGGCCUAGUGCAAUUUGAUUCAUCAUCUGCAGAGAUAAAUCUAGGGCAAUGGAGAGAAUGUGGUGCAUUUGUAUGCUUACGUGAAUCCUAUUGCAGCAUUGCUCCUAUUGUUCUGAAAGGAAUCCCAUAUGAAUAUUUUGUGUAUUGCAAUAACAUAAAUCACAUCUAGCCAAAUCAUAUGAAUAAGUUAAAAAUUCUCUCAUUUAUUAUCAUGUUAGUUCUGUAAUGAUCUUUUUGAACAUUUUUUAAAAUCAAAUUACAUGUAUAGUUCUAGCAAAGUUUCGCUAGGGAUCUCCUCGGGUGCUACACCUAGUUGAGGA